UCGAAAUAUAUCGAUUGCACUCGAAACUCGAAAGGUUAAGAGUUACCACAUGGUAACAGGCAAAAUGGCGAUGACCAUCCCUUGUUUGGCUGUGCGUGGUUCCAACGGCCUUACCUUAGGACAAGGCCCACCGUCUUACAUGACAGAGACUGCAUUCUCUCGAGAUGACAGCAAGGCAUGUAAAACGAUGCUAUUCAGCCCGGAUGGCCGUUAUUUUGCCUGGACAAAUGGAAUUCACGUACAAAUUACUCUCUGUGAGACAUGGAAGGUCAUUGCCAAAAUCCCAAGGCCUAAAGUUAGCAGUAUACAAUUUUCACCGCAGGGAAAUUAUAUUAUGACAUGGGAGCCGUUUAUUGCCACGCCAACGAAUCCUCAAGGAUCUCCUAAUCUUCAUAUUUGGAACUCGGAAAAUGGAGAUUUAGUGAGAAGUUUCGUUCAGAGAAAACAAAUUGACUGGGAACCACAAUGGUCGAGUGAUGAGAAAAUCUUUGGAAUGCUAGUUAAUAAUGACGUUCUUUUGUAUGAGGAUGUGAAUUUUGAAAAAAUUGUACACAGAAUAAAUUUAUCGAAAAUCGGUAAAUUUAGUAUAGCACCAGGAUCGGCUCCUUAUCAUGUACUCUGCUACACGCCAGGAAAACCCGGUCAAGCGUCAAUGGGUCAACUUUUUCAGUAUCCGAAAUUCGAAUCAACACAAACAGUAGCGAGGAAGAGUUUUUUCCAGUCAGAUAGAGUCGAUAUUUAUUGGAAUCAAAAGGGAACAAGUGUUUUAUUAAUGGCAAGUACGGAAGUUGAUAAAACUUCUUAUUAUGGAAAACAAACUCUUCAUUAUUUGGAUACAAAAGGCGAAACGGCUUUAGUCAGUUUGGGCAAGGAGGGACCAAUACAUGCCGUGGAAUGGUCGCCAAAAAAUUCCGAAUUCUGCGUGAUUUAUGGUUUUAUGCCAUCGAAAGCGACGCUCUUCAAUAUAAAGUGUGAAUCGGUUUUCGAAUUUGGCGUGAAACAUCGCAAUAGCAUUUAUUACAAUCCACAGGGGAACAUGUUAUUGUUGAGCGGUUUUGGAAAUUUGCAAGGUGGCAUUGAAGUGUGGGACAUGAAUAAUCGAAAAUUGAUUGCCAGUACCGAUGCACCUGAUACAACUUUACUUCAGUGGUCGCCAAAUGGGGAAAAUUUUAUGACUGCAACAACAGCGCCAAGACUUCGAGUAGGCAAUGGGUACAAAAUUUGGCACUACACGGGAACAUUAUUAUACGAACGAUUUUGGAACAAACAGGAUGAAUUAUGGGAAGUUGUUUGGCAAAAUUAUCCGUCUUCCGUAUUUCCAGAGAAGCCAAUUUGUUACAAAGCUGUCGAAGGUAUUGCUCCAAGUCAACCUCAGGCAUCGAAACAAGCGUACAGACCACCUUCUGCAAGAGGACAUACAAUUACUUUCAAUCUCCACGACGAUGAUGACGACACUCCGUCAAAGUCAGGAACCGGAAAUGCUUCCAAAGCGUAUCUAAAGGCAAAAAAGAAACGCGAAGCUAAAAAAGCGAAAAAAGAACAAGAAGCGCUGGUAUCGAAAUUAGUGGACGAUGACAACGCUUCAAAAGCAAACAGUGUGCCAAAAAAUCAAUCUUCUACUAAAGACCCUGACUUAACAGAUGACGCAGAGAAAAAUAAAAAAAUAAAGAAAAUUAAAAGUAAAUUAGACCAAAUAACAAAACUAAAGGAACAGCAAUCGUCAGGAAAGCAAUUGGAAAUGAAUCAAUUGGAUAAGAUAAAAAAAGAAGCGGAACUAUUAAAAGAAUUACAAGACUUGUCUUUGUGAUAAUUUAAAUAUAUUCAAAGAUUUUGUGACUCAGUAAAUCUUUCUCUAUAUAUAUGAACACAGAAACAAAAAGAAGAGAGAGAGUAAAAACAUUUCUUUCGUGAAUUUUCAAUAAAAACCAAAAAUCGAAAACGAUUUUACAAGAGGAAAGAAAUGUUCGAAAUAAAUUCAUUAACACCAGGGAUUUUUUUUUGAUGAUAUAAAGAUUGUAAAUAUGAUAUUUUUUGAAAUUUGCAAUUUUGCCAAUCUUCAUUUCUUUUGGUGAUGAAUUUUUUCUUUUUAAAAAAUAUUUUUCAUCUAAAUCUGAGAAAAAGAAUCAAUGCCUAUAUAUAAAAUUAACUUUUUCUACUCCUAUAGUAUUCGAAUCUAUUUUUUCUCCAAGUUGAAAGAAAAGGGAAAUUUUGUUUCUUCUUUGUAAUAAUUAAAAUCCAAUUUACAGAAAAUAUCCUUAAAAAUAUUUGAUUUUUUAGAUUCGACCCGGUGCUCUAAGUAAAAAAAAAGAAAGAAAGCAUGUAUAUACAAAAGAGAUAUUGCGCAGCAAGGUUUUAUUUUAAACGCACUUGAUAAAAAAAACGAACUUCAAUUUAAUUGAACUUUUUAAAUAUAAUUUUGAUCUUUUUAAUAUUUCCACAUUUUCAAUUUUAUUUACAAAAAGAGAAAAAAAACUGAAAGUAAAUUUUCUAAAAGUAUUUUUUUCUUUUCUCACAAUUUUUCUUUUAUGUUGAGAAUCAGUUUUCUAUAAAUAAACGAGUCUUGGGAAGUUGUAAA